GAGACCCCGCCCGCAGCCCCCAAGUUGACAGGAUGGCGCCGCUGGACCUGGACAAAUAUGUGGAGAUUGCGAAGGAGUGCAAGUACCUGCCGGAGAACGACUUGAAGAGACUCUGUGACUAUGUGUGUGACCUCCUCCUGGAGGAGUCCAACGUGCAGCCGGUGUCCACCCCGGUCACCGUGUGCGGGGACAUACACGGACAGUUUUAUGACCUCUGUGAACUCUUCAGAACUGGCGGACAGGUUCCGGACACAAAUUAUAUCUUUAUGGGCGACUUUGUUGACCGCGGUUAUUACAGCCUGGAGACCUUCACUUACCUACUGGCCCUGAAGGCCAAGUGGCCCGACCGCAUCACUCUGCUGAGGGGGAACCACGAGAGCCGGCAGAUCACGCAGGUGUACGGCUUUUACGAUGAAUGCCAAACCAAAUAUGGAAAUGCAAAUGCUUGGCGGUACUGUACAAAAGUGUUCGACAUGCUUACAGUGGCAGCUCUGUUGGACGAGCAGAUCCUGUGUGUUCACGGAGGUCUCUCUCCUGACAUCAAAACCCUGGACCAGAUACGAACCAUUGAGCGCAAUCAGGAGAUCCCCCACAAGGGGGCAUUCUGUGACCUGGUGUGGUCCGACCCGGAAGACGUGGAUACGUGGGCCAUCAGCCCUAGGGGUGCCGGCUGGCUCUUUGGUGCCAAGGUUACCAAUGAGUUUGUCUACAUCAACAACCUGAAGUUGAUCUGCCGGGCGCACCAGCUUGUCCACGAAGGCUACAAGUUCAUGUUCGAUGAGAAGCUGGUGACCGUGUGGUCGGCGCCCAACUACUGUUACCGCUGCGGGAACAUCGCCUCCAUCAUGGUGUUCAAGGACGCAAACACACGGGAGCCCAAACUCUUCCGUGCCGUACCGGACUCGGAGCGAGUCAUUCCCCCCAGAACCACUACGCCGUACUUCCUCUGAAGGCAGGGUUCUCGACCCCCUGCCCCCGCUUCCUUUUGUGGAUAUCCAGUAUGGUUAACAAAAAAAAGUUAACUGUAUGCUCUGAUGUUACUUUUUCAACACCUUAUCUGCAGUUUUUGGCAUUACCAGUCAUUGUAAUAAAAAUGUAUCUCCUUGGUGUUCACCCCCACCACCUGUAAUUCUGAGCACGUAAGGAUGAGCAAAUGGUUUUACUAUUAUUGCACCGUUUUAUUGAAACAAACUGUCCUUAUUGCAUCAUUAACCAACAACAUUUUGCAUUAACUUGCAGAGAAUGUGAAAGAUCAGUUUGUCUUGACUGUCAAUAUUGCUCUCUUACAGAAAGAAUAGUUUUCUUUAGACUAUAACUGUGCAUAUGGAGAAAUGCUUUAAGGAAAUUAAUAUAUUUACAAAGAAGUUAUUUGUUCUCUUCUUACUGUUUGCGCAAUUUAGCCAUAAUUAGUCUUUUUGUGGUAGGAUCUACAUUCCACAGACAUUAUGUGAUGAAUUACUGCUGUGGAAGGAGCACAACAUUCCUCAUACACACACACACACACAGACAUGUAUGUAUAUGAGCACACGCACAUACACACUCUUUGUACAGAAGUGUUAAUUUUGAGUGUUUCAAGUUAUUAUUAUAGAUUAUGUAUAUUGGGAUACACACUGCAAA